AUGGAUGACCAUGUCACAAUCAGGAAGAAACAUCUCCAAAGACCCAUCUUUAGACUAAGAUGCCUGGUGAAGCAGCUGGAAAAAGGUGAUGUGAACAUUGUAGACUUAAAGAAGAAUAUUGAAUAUGCAGCAUCUGUGUUGGAAGCGGUUUAUAUCGAUGAAACAAGGAGACUGCUGGAUACUGACGAUGAGCUCAGUGACAUUCAGUCCGAUUCAGUCCCACUGGAAGUCCGGGACUGGUUGGCUUCUACCUUUACACGAAAAAUGGGGAUGAUGAAAAAGAAAUCCGAGGAAAAGCCAAAAUUUCGGAGCAUUGUGCAUGCUGUUCAAGCUGGAAUUUUUGUGGAAAGGAUGUACAGAAAGUCCUAUCACAUGGUUGGUUUGGCAUAUCCAGAAGCUGUGAUAGUAACAUUAAAGGAAGUUGAUAAAUGGUCUUUUGACGUAUUUGCCUUAAAUGAAGCAAGUGGAGAACAUAGCCUGAAGUUUAUGAUUUAUGAACUGUUUACCAGAUAUGAUCUUAUCAACCGUUUCAAGAUUCCUGUUUCUUGCCUAAUUGCCUUUGCAGAAGCUUUAGAAGUCGGUUACAGCAAGUACAAAAAUCCUUAUCACAAUCUGAUCCAUGCAGCUGAUGUCACUCAAACUGUGCAUUGCAUAAUGCUUCAUACAGGUAUCAUGCACUGGCUCACUGAACUGGAAAUUUUAGCAAUGGUCUUUGCCGCUGCCAUUCAUGACUAUGAGCAUACAGGAACCACAAACAACUUUCAUAUUCAGACAAGGUCAGAUGUUGCCAUUUUGUAUAACGACCGAUCCGUCCUUGAAAAUCACCAUGUGAGUGCAGCUUAUCGACUUAUGCAAGAAGAGGAAAUGAAUGUCUUGAUAAAUUUAUCCAAAGAUGACUGGAGGGAUCUUCGGAACCUAGUGAUUGAAAUGGUUUUGUCUACAGACAUGUCCGGUCACUUCCAGCAAAUUAAAAAUAUAAGAAACAGUUUGCAGCAGCCUGAAGGGACCGACAGAGCCAAGACCAUGUCCCUGAUUCUCCACGCAGCAGACAUCAGCCACCCGGCCAAAUGCUGGCAGCUUCACCACCGGUGGACCAUGGCCCUGAUGGAGGAGUUUUUCCGACAGGGAGAUAAAGAAGCUGAAUUAGGGCUUCCAUUUUCCCCACUUUGUGAUCGGAAGUCAACGAUGGUGGCCCAGUCACAAAUAGGUUUUAUUGAUUUCAUAGUAGAGCCAACAUUUUCUCUUCUGACAGACACAACAGAGAAAAUUAUUAUUCCUCUUAUAGAGGAAGACUCAAAAACAGAAAAUUCUUAUGGAGCAAGCAGACGAUCAAAUAAGAAAGGCGCCGUGAACGAUGGCUCCUGUUCCCCAGACUACUCUCUUGCAUGCGUGGACCUGAAGAGCUUCAAGAACAACCUGGUUGACAUCAUCCAACAGAACAAAGAGAGAUGGAAAGAGUUAGCUGCUCAAGCUGGGGCUGCAAGGGAAGCCCGGGUCCCAGGUGCCAGAGGGAAGCCAGUGCCAGCAGCUGGGGGAAGGAAGGCCUACUCUUGCAGGAAAUUCGUGCAUCGGGCCUCUAGCUCAAAGAAGAGAAGAUGUGAGAAAAGGAGGCAACGUGGGAACUGAGAUGCUACCGGAUUUGCAUUGUGCACGAAUCACAGCUGUUUAGAACCAGCAGGAAACCUAGAGCUAG